UGUCUAUGAACUACUUUCUAUAAACGAGCGAAUGUGGAGGGAUUAAUUCCUACCCUCUCUUCCGCUCAAAUAACUAAUCUGUCGUAGUCAGUAGUUGAGAGAUUUAAGGUUGUGCUUAGGCAAUGAUGAAACUAAGAUGGCGUCUAACACGGACAGGAUGAACGGGGGAUAGCGAAAUUGGUCACAAAUUGAUUUGAUGGGGACGUAAUUCUCACAGUCACUCGUUGUACAAGCAAACGAGUCUUUGAAGUGGAUAAUCUUUACACUUCUACAUCAAUAGAAGUGGGUCUAAGGGGGAAGCGAGGCUGAAAACGGUCAACUUUACGUGAGCUAACUGGACCUAGCUUGCUAACGUUAGCUAGCUAACCAACGACAGCUAGCUAAACAACAACAAAGUAAGGAGGAUAGUCUCUGGAGAAGGAAGUGUCUACGGGAUUGUCCGGAAUAUUUUAAUAAAAUUAAUCAAUUCACAUCUGGCUUGGGACACGUCCAAAACAGAAGUAACCAAAAUGUCAAGUUAAACUUCCACGCCAAUUUCCAGUGAUAUCUGAGACCGGAGGUGCUGCCUGGGAGGGGGCUGAAAAGUGGAGGCCAUAACGACCGUUCGCUUCAGCCACCCUAAUCGUGACCCAGUGCUGAACAAUAGACCCCGUGAGCUUUCAAGACACCUAAACGGCCCAUUAUUGGUGACAUCUGAAUCCAUUAUUUCGUCUUUGACCACGCUGAACGUGUCAGGAAGAGUUGCUGUCCAAGUACCAGCUAUCUAAUAUGAUGGCGAUGGAGGGGGAAGACUUUGUGCCGCCUCCUGAGUGCCCAGUGUUCGAGCCAUCGUGGGAGGAGUUUCAGGAUCCCCUGGGCUAUAUUGCCAAGAUCCGUCCAAUUGCAGAGAAGUCUGGAAUCUGCAAGAUUCGUCCUCCUGCUGACUGGCAGCCACCCUUUGCUGUGGAGGUGGAUAGUUUCCGCUUCACACCCCGUAUACAGAGACUCAAUGAGCUAGAGGCGGAGACCCGAGUCAAGCUGAACUACUUGGACCGGAUUGCCAAGUUCUGGGAGAUCCAGGGAUCCUCCCUCAAGAUCCCAAACAUCGAGAGGCGUAUCUUGGACCUUUUCAGCCUGUCCAAGGUUGUGAUAGAGGAGGGAGGGUUUGAUAUAGUCAGUAAGGAGCGGCGUUGGGCUCGUGUGGCCCAGAAGCUUGGUUACCCAACUGGCAGGAACAUUGGCUCCCUCCUGCGCUCACACUACGAGAGGAUUGUCUACCCCUUUGAGGUGUUUCAUGCUGGGGCCAGCCUGCCGACUAAGCCAAAGCUAUAUGAUGGGGAAGAGGUGGAUAGAGAAUACAAGCCCCACUCCAUCCCCCUACGCCAGUCUGUCCAGCCUUCCAAGAUGAGCAGCUACGGACGCCGAGCCAAUCGCCUCCAGCCAGACGUGAGUUAUGGGCACACAGUCCACAAUGACUUAAUAUAUUCCCUUUUAACACUGUCACCCUUUGUGUGUGCUAUUUAAAAACCUUUUUCACAGAUCUUAACAGAAGUUUUUUUUUUUUUACCCAUUGCCAUGAUCGUGUUGAUCAUUCAUGUAAGCGCUCACAUUCCACCACUGAAUAAUCAACACCCAUAAUCUAUAAAUAGCCAAAUUUAUUCAUUGGGUGAUGUGCUGCCUUCUGAGAACAGGAAGUAAAAAAAAUAGUACUCUACUCUGGUUAUUACAGAGCUGUCAGUGUAAUACCUUGGGGAGAACAACACCUGCCAUUAACACAAAUCAUGUUGCAUUUGUAGAUGUUAUUAUCUAUGUAGACUAUCAGUGAUGGAUUUUGUUAGUACUUGAAUAGUAGUCAUGGAGUUAAACUUGUAUCAUACGCCCAUAUAAUCAUGUACACUAAACAAAAAUAUAAAUGCAACAUGUAAGUGUUGGUCCCAUGUUUAAUGAGCUCUUAUAAAAGAUCCCAGACAUUUUCCAUAUGCACAAAAGGCUUAUUUCUCUCAAAUUGUGUGCACA